CCCAGCAACUUGGCGCUCGCUCACGGUCGCGGUUUUUCAGUCCGCUAUUCGCAUUUCGACCGACUGCUCGUGUGUUCAGGAAGAUUCCGCUAUAGAGAGCACCCAAGGCCACAAGAAGGACCUACUCGAGGCGACAGUUGCAUCUCGAUCGAACGGUUUAGCUUCUCAUUUCCCAGCAACCACACGGACAGAUAGACACAAUGGCCGAGGCUGAUAUGCCAACUUUUAAGUGCGUCCUAGUCGGCGACGGUGGUACCGGAAAGACAACCUUCGUCAAACGGCACAUGACCGGCGAGUUUGAGAAGAAGUACGUCGCGACGCUCGGCGUUGAGGUGCAUCCGUUGGUGUUCCACACGAACCGAGGCGCCAUUCGGUUCAACGUCUGGGACACAGCCGGUCAGGAAAAGUUUGGCGGACUGCGAGAUGGGUACUAUAUCCAGGGACAGUGCGCCAUCAUCAUGUUCGAUGUGACGUCCCGCGUUACGUACAAGAACGUCCCCAACUGGCACAGAGACUUGGUGCGAGUGUGCGAAAAUAUUCCGAUCGUGCUUUGCGGAAACAAGGUCGACAUCAAGGACCGCAAGGUGAAAGCCAAGGCAAUCGUAUUCCACCGGAAGAAGAACCUCCAGUACUACGACAUCUCCGCCAAGUCCAACUACAACUUCGAGAAGCCCUUCCUGUGGCUGGCCCGCAAGCUGGUCGGUGACCCGAACCUGGAGUUCGUCGCCAUGCCUGCCCUGCUCCCGCCAGAGGUCAAGAUGGACAAGGACUGGCAGCAACAGAUCGAAAAGGAUUUGCAAGAAGCGCAAGCCACCGCCCUGCCCGACGAGGAUGAGGACCUGUAAG